AUGAAAGAAUUCCUAUUCAAAAUUUUUAAGACGAUUAACCAUCUGUUAAAGGCAAGGAAAAAUAAUAAAAUUAUAUAUAUAAAGGGGAUCAAUAGAAUUAUGACUUAAAUAUUCUAUUCAAUUUAUGGGCAGAACAUAGGAAAUUCAAUUUCAAAUCCAACCCUGAGAUAUAUAGUAAUACGAUUCAGCUAAUAAUUUAUUACUAAAGAUUAGUUUGUGGACUUUUUAUUAUUGAUUGGGUUUAAUCCAGAUAUAUCUCAUGAGGCUGAACGAUUUUUUGAUUAUUGUCAUGAGGAUGUCGUCACAGCUCCUGGAUUGCUUAGUAGGAGCAAACUACUUAGGCCUAUUAAAAAUUCUAAGUGGUUUAGGUUAUUCAAGGAUUGA